UUCUUCAUUAGGCAUGGGAUUCGCCAAAUGCGAACGCCGUGGGCAGAUGGUCCAGAAUAUGUUACCCAGUGCCCAAUCCAGCCAGGAGCAACUUACACAUACCGAUUCACCAUUGAAGAUCAAGAGGGCACGUUGUGGUGGCACGCUCACAGCAAAUGGCUCAGAGCUACUGUCUAUGGAGCCCUUGUGAUCCUUCCUAAACUGGGAUCCCCAUAUCCUUUUCCCAAGCCCAGGCAUGAAGUCCCUAUUAUUCUUGGAGAAUGGUGGGACAGAGACAUCAUCAGUGUUUUAAGACAAGCUCUUUUCACUGGGGCUGCUCCAAACGUUUCUGAUGCUUAUACCAUCAAUGGUCAACCCGGUGACCUAUAUAGAUGCUCCAGUAAAGGUACUUUCAAAGUCUCGGUGAACUCUGGGGAUAGAGUUCUUCUCAGAGUCAUCAAUGCUGCACUCAAUCAGCAACUCUUCUUCACCAUUGCCAACCACCAGCUAACGGUUGUCGGAGCCGAUGCAAUUUACCACAAGCCUUUUGCAACCAGAGUCAUCAUGCUAGGGCCAGGGCAGACGACGGAUGUCCUUCUUACCGCCAAUCAACGGCCAGCAAGGUACUACAUGGCUGCGCGUGCUUAUGCAUCAGCACGAGGUGCCCCGUUUGACAACACCACCACCACUGCUAUUCUUGAAUACAACACAGCGAGAGGAGGAUCGUCCUCCACCUCAAGACCUCUGUUGCCUCGACUCCCAGCCUUCAACGAUACGGCCACUGCGACUGCAUUUGAAAACGGAUUAAGGAGCAUCCCUUCCGAGGCUGCUAAAGUUCCCACAAAGAUUGAUCACAGCCUAUUUUUCACCGUGGGAUUAGGCUUUGUAAACUGCAAUCCUGGACCUAGAUGCCAAGGACCAAACAAUACAAGAUUCGCAGCCAGCAUGAACAAUGUAUCGUUCGUGCUCCCUAGGAGGACUUCCUUACUCCAAGCCUAUUAUAACAACAUACCUGGAAUCUUCACCACCGACUUCCCUCCGGUUCCACCAUUGCAAUUCAAUUACACAGGCAAUGUACCGCGCUCACUGUGGCAACCUCGGUUUGGUACAAAGCUGUACAAGCUGAAAUAUGGUUCUACCGUACAAAUUGUGUUACAAGAUACUGGCAUAUUCUCGACGGAGGACCACCCUAUUCAUCUUCAUGGGUACCAUUUUUUUGUCGUGGGACAGGGCUUUGGAAACUUCAAUCCUCGGAAGGAUCCUGCAAGAUUUAACUUAGUUGAUCCCCCUGCCAGGAAUACAAUUGAUGUCCCAGUGGGUGGAUGGGCAGUGAUUCGUUUUGUGGCUGAUAAUCCAGGUGUUUGGCUAUUUCACUGUCACAUAGAUGCCCAUUUGACUUGGGGAUUGGCUAUGUCAUUCCUGGUUGAAAAUGGAAUAGGAGAAUUGCAGACCGUAGAGCCGCCUCCAGCUGAUCUUCCCCGAUGCUAGAUCCUGCAUGUAAUCUUCAGACAAAUGCUGAAGAUGGAAUCAUAUCUACAAGUGGAACACUUGGAAUUCUGAGAGAAACCCUCUUUAAUUUAUCUUAUCUUAACAUGCUUUUGGUCACCAGCAUUAGCUGUAUUUUCUCUCUUUUUUCUUUUUCAGUUUAUGCGAGUCAGAUUCGUAACAGCAAAAUCCAGAUUCUUUUUUCUUUGCUUAAUUCGGCAGAGAGUCCGGGAGUCUUGAUUCCAUUAUUUGUAUUCCCCAAAGAAAGAAGCGUUUAUUUGU